GGAGUAAGUUUUGUCAGUCGCAUGUGAAAACUUAUGAGAUAUCUAGGUUUAUAGUGCCAGACUUAUGAUAGUGGCAACUAUGAACUGGUGUCGUGUAACUGGGACUAUAAUCUGGCCAUACCAGCUCGAAAUACAAACCCAACAGUCUGGGAUAAGGAAGGUACAUUGGUGCCACCACCAUACCCCCACAGCUCUUUCCAAUUCAUGAUGAUGUUGACGCGUUGUUUCUCGGAGUUGCCGAGCGGUAUGAUUCCCUAUCCGAGACUCGGUUUCUCAAAUUCAUGAUCCGUAUCUUCGGAUUCGAUACCUAGAAAUAUUAUAACCUAUAACCACUUAUCUUUUCACGCCCCUUCUUAUAUUCUUAUAACAACAUCAAAAUGAGCUGGCAGAAUGAUUCUCCUUACUCCCGGCACGAGUUUUCCAGCAAGGCUGCCACACCCCCCAGCUCAUCCUUUGCCUCUAACUUCUUUCGACGAGCCCGCCGAGCGUCUCUCACAAGAAAAUUUAGAAAGUCUGUAUCUUUCGCAGAUCCUCUUGAGGAAGAGAGCCCUCAAGACAAUAGCUCCGAAAAUAGUGAGGUACUAUAUAUGGCAGAUUCAAAACGACCACAACGACCACAACGACCAAAACCACAGCGUCGAACUUUGUCGGCUAUGAGCAAUAGCUCUCUUGCAACUCUUGGGCAAAAUUGGGAUAGCGGAAUUGAUUCUGAUCUCGACAGUGAGGCCGAGGAAGUUUCUUGGGACAUCAUCAACAAAGAAAUACAUGAAUGGCAAUAUGUUUGUCGUACUGGUAGACCUUUCUGGUGGUCACCUGAGUUCAAAAGUACCCGUAUGUGUCGUACUUCGACGUUAUCUCCAAAAAAUCGUGAAGAGCGCAGCACGCGAGCUUGGAUGAGAGAUAUUACAGACGCAUCCAGACCACAACUAAAGAAACGUUACGCAACUAUGGACGAUACAAAUUUUGCAGAUUCCAGUGAUAUACAAGAACUUGCAAAAGUUAUUGCUGUCCAACUUCUCGGGGCUUGUUUCACUUUAGCACCAGAGUAUCUUGUGCCUCUUACAUCGACUCUAGCAUCGUACAAUAGGAAAGGAGGCUCGAAACUACCGGAUUCUAGGAUGAUAAGUUCUUUGCGUAUGCAUACCCAAUUUCGAUAUUCACCCUGCUUUGGACAUCAAGCACGAGGUACAUCUCCGAUCCAGCCAUGGGAUUGCGGAGGAUAUGACGGAUCGUCGACUUUUUCAUCGUCACCCACAUGCAGUGGCGAUGCUACGCCCUUGACUAUCACGUCAGAACCUGCAAGAAGACAAAGCAGAUUACAGAAAGCCCAAAGAGCAUUGAAUAUCUCAGAGCAAUCGGUAAGUGAUUGCACUGCUGGAAGUUACAGAAGCGAUCAUUCUUCAAAUAUCGAUUCCGUAUUCGGUGGCAAAGCAGGAACAUCGAUGGGCCAGAAACUGAGAGAAGGGCAUACAAUCAAAUGUGGAAAAACGUCGACGGCAAUGCACGUGUCCGGAGCUGACAAUCAGAGACACAAUCCUAGACAUUCCAAAAUUGGAGAUCAACCAGAAAUAACGCCAACAGUACUAGCUGAUGAUGCGAAUAUUAAUACUUCAAAAAUAUAUCGAGGAGUACGGCCAACUCUGCCACAUAGGACCAAUUAUCGUCUACAGCCAGUCCUGAGAUCAGAGCCCCAUCCGGUAUACGUGCAGCCUGUGAGGGAGCUCGUAGUAAAGAGAUGGAAAUCAAUACGGCGCCAAUUUGGGGGUAGCUUGCAAGGUUCCUUGCCAAGAAGAGGAUCUAGAAAUGACGAAUCAGAGUCAGAAAGUGAUGCAACAAGUUCCACACUCAGCACAGAUGCAAGGGCACGGAGACGUCGAGCUCAAGAAAGAGGAGACAUCCAUAGUGCCGGCGGUGAUGAUAGUCCGCACUACAACACUCCAAGGAGUGGUGCAAUGACACCUGCAACAUCUAUGAGAUCACUGACCCCGAUGACUCCAAUGACUCCAAUGACUCCAUUAACAUCUUUUAUAAUUCCCGCAACGCCUCCUGAGACACCUGCGGCCCCUUCAUUACCAGUUUUAAGACCAAUGUCUCCUUUCUUUAAAGAGGCAGGUACUAUGGCAGCUAUCACGUCUUUUCUAGCUGAUGCACGCCAACCAGAACACGUCAUGAUUCCACCCGAUUCGUUCAAAGACACAGGUGGCUAUGUUUCCCCAAAUAUGAUCAGGACAGAACACGCUGCAGGAGCAAUGUUUAUCCAAUCGAGAUCAAGCUCUCAAUCGCCUUUAGAGCCACUAGCUGGUUCAUAUCGGGGAAGACGAACAAGUCUGUUAUCAGAGAUGUGCACUCCAGAAGACUUCAAUAACGAUGGGACCUUGAAAUGCAAUGAAGAGAAACAAUUUCAUGGACCUCAUUUGGCAAGGGCGAGCUCCAGUGGAACUCAGAUAUUUAGACCCGGUAGUGACGGAAUCGAACUUGAUGGAAUGCCGGUGGGUCCUGGAAAGGAAUUUUGGGAUGGCCCAGUCGACAAUACGGGAAAACGAAGGGAAAGGACAUAUUUGUAAGACUCAAAAACAAUUGGCGAUUCCUAAAUCAUAAUCAAUGGUCAAAUUGAACAAACAUUUGUUGGGCAAAAGGAUACAAGUACAAAAUUGGAAUAAUAAACCA